AUGAAGGCUGCCUACAUCACUGCCCUCGCGGCCUUUGCCGCCUCUGUCGUGGCUGCUCCCACCAAGAUCACCCAGGACAUCGAGACCGUCACUCAGUCCCUGAACAUCCCCGUUGCCAGCGCCAUCACUAGCUCCAGCUCCAAGGCCUCCUCCGGUGCCAACGGCGAGAUCGUCCAGGAUGCUGGCUCUCAAGUCAAGGACGUCCUCGAGAUCACUGGCCCCAACGCCAAACGACUCCUCAUUCAGCUCAGCCCUGACGUUGCCGGGCUCCUCUCCACCCUCGGCCUUCCCGCUGUCGGAACCCCCGUCGGCGCAGUCGUUGCCUCCGCGAGCUCCGUCGGUGACCUUGUCAAGAACCUUGGCAAGCCUGUCGAUGGUCUCCUUACCGUCGUUGGUGAGGGCGGAGAAUACCUGUUGGUGUCCCUCUCUCCAUCCCUCGCCGGUCUCCUCUCCGGCCUCGGCCUCCCCGGUGUCGGCGUCCCCGUCGGCUCCGUCGUCGCCACUGUUGGAAAGAACCUCAAGCGUGACGGCAUGGUCGUCGGCGACAACAUCCCCAAGGUCCAGGACAUCCUCGAGGUCACUGGAACCAACUCCCAGCGACUUCUGAUCCAGCUAUCCCCUGAGGCUGCUUCUCUUGUCUCCGGUCUUGGACUUCCCAGCGUUGGAGAGCCUGUCGGCGAGGUUGUAGACGAGGCUAGCUCCGUUGGCGAGCUUGUCAACCACACCGGGGCUCCCACCAACCAGCUCCUCACUGUUGUCGGUACCGACGGAAAGGCAUUGCUCAUUAAGCUCGCCCCAUCUGUUGCCCGUCUCCUCGGCGGCCUUGGUCUCUCCGGCGUCGGUGCUUCCGUCGGCAGCAUUGUUGCUACCCUUGGUAACAACCUCUAA